CAAAAGCAUCAACAAGGUGGGGAACAACCAUCCUUGGUGCCAAAAAAAAUAUAAUAAACACAAAGUUUUUGGCCAGAACCAUGUCAUAUGUAUCACCAAGGGGAUCAAAAUAGGUGGUUUCAUCUCUUCUUCUCACCAGAGGUGUUCAGUUGCUUUCCUUAAAGAAUGGCGCCAAGAUAGAUUGGUGUUAGACACAUUGAAAACAGCUAGAGAAUUGAGCCCAUGGGGAUAGGGCCAUACAAGUUCCUCACUCACUGCCUUCUAUCCCAAAAUGAUAAAUUACUAAGACACUUUGGUAUCGACUCAUUCCAUGUGUUGUAAGCAAUAACACUGAUGAUGUUUUUGUUUGUGAUGUGUACUCCCAGAAAGCUCUUUGUUUCUAACAUCAAGAAUAAUCAAGUUUUCGAACAAUGUUUGCAGAAGAGGACCCGUCAGAAAAUUGGUCACUAACAAUAUUUGAGAAGUUUGAAGAUAUGUUACAUGAUAACUUAUUUCUGGAGAGGUCCAUAAGAUUCAGAAAGAAAAAAUAUUUUUCAAAAGAAAUUUGAUUUGUAAAUAGAUUUUAGAAGCUAAAAUAGGUAUCAUGGCAAUCGCAAUAAUCAGGUUUAUUAAAAAAUUCUGCAAGUAAUUGUGUAUAGCCCUACCUAUACAUAUUAUAAUAUUAAGCAUUCCAUGUGCUUAUGUGUUUUUCACCUUUUGUCUUCCAUAUCAAUUCAUCAACCACGUCUAAGUUAUAAUUUGCAAUAUAUACCUUUGUGUAUGCGAUCUGAGCUAUUAGACUAGUGUAUACGGUUGAUUGGUGGGAAAAUAGUCUAUUUUCCUAUGAACUAGUUGUUUCUGGUUUUUUCACCCACAAACUUUAAAGUCAUGCCAUAAACUAUACGGACAACAGAAAAAUUGCUUACUCCUCUAUGAACUAGUUGUUCUUGUUUUCUUUUCAUACAUGAACUUUUGAAUCAUGCCAAAAAUCAUAUGAACAAUUCUAUUUUUUUAAUUACAUACACAAACUAUCAAUUUUAAACUAAUUUCCCAAAAAUCGUAAACAUGUUAUUUAAAAGUUAACUUGGUUUAUGACAGAUGGAAAGCCGCUUUAAUUUGAGUUGAUAAAAAAUACUACAUCGUUUUUUUUUCUUUUUUUGUCAAUUGCUCAUUUUCUUCAUAAUUUUUUUUAUUUUUCAUAAUCAAUUGGAGAUACUACACCGAUUUUAUAGUUCCUUGUGGCAAUACAUGGAGAUUGGUAAGCUAGUAGUUGCUGCUCUUCUUUCUUUAUGCGUCAUGUAAAACGUUUUAUUCUUCUGCAGAAUAAUAAAUUUUAUCUCCAAUCGAUGAUGAAGAGUAAAACGAUUUCUGAAGAAGAAAAACAGUUAACUAAAAAAAAGAAAAAGAAUAAAUUGACUUUCCAUCUGUCAUAAAUCAAGUUAACGUUUAAAUAACAUUGUUUACGCUUUCAGGGGAAUUAGUUUAAAAUCGAUAGUUUGUGUAUGUAAUUCAAAAAAAUAGAGUUGUUCAUGUGGUUUUUGUCAUUGAUUAAAAGUUUGCGUGUGAAAAAACCAAGAGCAAGUAGUUCAUAGGAGAAUAAGUCCUUUUCCUCGCUGUUCAUAUAGUUUUUGGCAUGGCUUAAAUGUUCGUGUGUGAAAAAAACUGGGAACAAUUAGUUUAUAUAGGAAUAUGUCAUUUUUCCGUUGAUUGGUUGGUCUGAGAUAGGAAACUAUCCGAACCAAAUAAGAACCGAAUUUUUUUGGAUAUUUUCUGGUUCCUACUUUUACUAUCUGAACCGAACUCGAAACUAUAGGAACCGAACCGAAAAUAGAUCAAACAGUAAAUGGAUUCUCUAGCCCCCUAUCCAAAACUCAAAAUAUCCGAACCAAACUGAUAUCCGAAAUGUCCACGCCGGGUCAGAGAUUUUAGACUAGUGCAAUAAUGUUGAAAUAUUAAUUAAUUUGCUUACCAAGUCAAUAAAGGAGCGGCCAUACCUCACUAUCACAAAUUAAUCUACGAUGUUCUCACUUCGCAGGGGAAUUGGCAACAAUUCUAAUAGUAGUGUAUUAUGUAUGGCCAGCUUGGGGUUGACUUUUAACGUUGUAACCAUCUAGAAGAAGUUUGAAUUCGUGUUCGAGUCAUAUAAUAUUUAGUAAAUCAUUAGCAACUAAAAGAUUAACUAUUUUGGUCAACUUAAUAACUAAAAUAUCUCUAGACGUGCAAAGUCAAAAUGUUGGAAAAAAUGUGGAAAAUCACAAAGAAGACGGCCUUCUUUAAAUAAUUGGGUUAGUAGGCAGACAAUGUCUCUUAAGACAAGAACAGAACAGCUUCUCUUCUAUUCCUCCAAAAGGUUUCAACUUCAUACAUCAUCUCCACCGCCAUGAGCCACCAGAACCACCACCAGUUGCCAACCUAUGCCACAGACCCGAACACCAUGUUCGUUCAAGCAGACCCCUCAAAUUUCCGCAACAUCGUCCAAAAACUCACCGGAGCAUCACCACCGGAACUCUCUGCCGUCUCCGCGGCACGACGGAAGCUUCCUUUAACUCCAAAGAAACCAGCCUUCAAGCUCCACGAACGCCGUCAAACAUCCAAGAAAAUGAAGCUGGAGAUCAACAACAUCACCGACGACUCUUUAAGCCAUUUCAACAGAGGAUUCCUCGUCUCUCCCGUCUCUCACCUCGACCCAUUCUGGACGCGCGUGAGCCCACAUUCAGCUCGUGAGUAUCCUCACCCAACGCCGGACAAUAAAGAGCAAAAGGCCAUAGCCGAGAAAGGGUUCUACUUCCUUCCGAGUCCGAGAAGCGGGGCCGAGCCAGCACCGGAGCUUUUGCCUUUGUUUCCUCUACGUUCUCUUAACGCCACUAAUCAACGGACUGAAGAGGAUUACCGCAACUCUUGAUCGUAUAAUUUGAGUCCACUUUUAGGCUAUUUUGUUAGGGUAAUAACCGUGUUGGAUUUUAUUUAACCUUAAGACUUGUUUCUACUAUCCUUCAUUAACCUUUUUGAAGGGUCAACUCAACUGUUCCGACGUGUGUACUCCACCACUUCCAUUUAGAAUAUAAAUCUUAAGUAUC